AUGGUGCGGUCCUACCUUGCCGCUUUGGCCUCCGUGCUAGUUGGCGCUCUAGCCAGCCACGCUGCAGUCAUCGUACCACCGGAGCUCGCGACGUUCACCGGUCUAUCUGAGGUCGAGCUCCUUCAUCUACUGCAGCCCCGCGAUGCCGAGGCGUCAUGUCCUUCGACGGCGAACUUCACCGGGAUCUUUUCGGGACCCGGCAAACCCUCUCGUGUAGAAGUGCUCAAGCGCAACUCCUUCGUCAAGCGGUCCGGGACGAAAUUGAAGCUUGCUGGAGAGCCGUUCAAGCCUGUUGGGGCCAACAUAUACUGGCUCGGAUUGGAUGAGAAUGUGAUCCCAGAUCCGUCUUAUCCUAGCCAGACACGAGUGCUGGAGGUACUCGCCGAUGUUGCGGUGAUGGGAGGGAACGCUGUGCGCGGACACACCCUAGGAGUCUCUUUCGGGAACCCAUUGAGUGUGGAGCCCUCCCUUGACGAGUUCAAUGACGCCGCGUACAAGUCUAUUGACUUUGCCAUUGCCGCUGCGCGUUUGUACGGUAUCAAGCUGCUCAUCCCACUGGUCGACAACUACAACUACUACCACGGGGGAAAGUACCAGUUCAUCGGCUGGCACGGCAUCAACUUCACUGGCACGGGUGCUGACAUUGUUCCCGCGGAUGUCGGCGCCUUCUUUUACAACACGACAGCGAUCGUUGAUAGCUUCAAGAGAUAUAUCACCCACCAUUUGAACCACGUCAACCAGUACACUGGGAUUGCACUCAAGGAUGAUCCGACUAUCAUGGCUUGGGAGUCUGGCAAUGAGCUAGCCGCUAUCCGAUUCGGAGAUGGGCCCGCUCCACCGGCGUGGACAAAGGAGAUCGGCGAGCACGUCAAAAGCAUCGCACCCGACCAGCUGUUCAUGGAUGGCUCGUACGGCGUCUUUCCGGAGACGCUAGGAAACGAAGUGGUCGAUAUCUUCGGCGAUCAUUUCUAUCCACCAAACAUAACCAGACUGAGUUCGGGCAUUGAAGCCGUCGAACAAGCUGGACGCGUGUACUUCGCCGGGGAAUACGAUUGGACCGGCGUCAACGGAGGAAAUGAUUUAACAUCCUUCCUUGGAGCCGUAGAAGCCUCGCAAAGCGCGGGUGACUUCUACUGGUCGCUCUUUGGCCACGACGAUGCGUGCUGUCAAUAUGUCGAACACGACGACGGUUUCGCGUUCUAUUACCUUCGUGGCAACGACACGGACCUCUAUGUGCAGCGCGGGGACAUCUUGAUUGAUCAUGCCGCAAGGAUGACGGGAGUGAAAGCACCAAAAGCGCCUCGGAAGGUGGCGUGCCCACAGAACAUUGGUCAGGCCAGCCCAGGGUUCGGCUUGUAG